UAUCAAGCUUAUUCGUCAUUCGUCCAUGUAUUUCCCAAGUGACGGAGAUUUAGCUAGUGUGCGUAGCGCUUUAUUACGACUACAAUCUACUUAUCGAAUAGAUGUUACUUCGAUAUCAGAGGGACCAAUAGUUCCACUCAAAGAGACAAUUACUCCGCCGUUUUCUGUUGACGAGUGCUACCAAAUGGCUAUGUCGGCAAUGAAUAUGUCAGACUUCCACCAUAGUGUGAUGUGGUUGGAGAAAUCACGGAGUCUACUAGAGCAAAUGACAAAGCAAAUGAAUGAAUCUGAUGGAAACGGUGUGGUGUCGAUGGAAGAUAUCUUGAGGAUGAUGGCUGCUGCGCAAUACAACGGGAGGAAUCAGAAUCGCGCCUUCAAAAUUACAAAGGAAUUAUUAAAAACAGAUCCUCAGAACGAUUUAUAUAAAAAGGACAGAGAUUUCUACCACAAGAAAGCGGCUGUGAGUAAACAACGACUUGUUGACGAACUACAAUAUCCAAAACCAGUAGAAUUGUCGCAAUUUGAGAAGAAGUAUGAAAAAGCUUGCCGUGGUUCAGGAAAACAGUCACCCAGGCUGACCAAGUAUUUACGAUGUUUCUAUACCAACCACCACCCUAAUAUCAUACUAGCCCCAGUGAAAACAGAAGAAGUUUACAAAAACCCGUUGGUGUUAAUAUUCCAUGAUUUGCUCUCAGCUACUACAGAGGUGGCAAUCUUCAAAGAAAUAUCAUCACAAAAGCUUGCAUUUUCAAUUGAUGAAGAACAAAGUGUAGACGAACGCUUUAACGAAAGCACAAAGUUAUUCAAUGAAGACUUUCUAAAAGAGGGCGUUAUUAUACCGUGGUUCUCCGAAAGUAUCGACGUCGAACAAAAGUUCAGUAGUUACGGAGCAUUCGACGUACGUUCCUCUGGCAUAGGACAGCGAUAUGGUCCUCAUCAUAGCAUGGUAGAUACGGUGCAAAAUGACGGCAACCACCUAGCAACACUUCAAGUUUAUCUAUCCACAGUUGAAUACGGUGGAGGAACUGUGUUUCCGCUGCUAGGAAUCAAUAUACCAGCUGUGGAGGGCAGUGCUGUGUACUUCCAUAAUACAUAUUCAUCAGGCCGCUAUACCUCCAAGAUGAAUGACUAUGUUGAAUGCCCGGUAUUGUUGGGAGAGCAAAUAACCAUGACAAAGUGGUACAAAACACAUGCGCAGAAACUCCAUCGAGACAGCAAACCUUCGAAAGCUCACCCUUAAUAAUGUAAAAAUAUUUCUGUCGAGUAAAGAAUCCACUCACCUCUCAAUAGUUUAAAGAAAUAUUCUUGAAUAUGUACUGACUUUCUAUAUAGGCCCUAGCUGUAUUUUCAACCGUGAAGCUAUAAUCUUUAAAACAAAAUCUGAAACCACAAAUUUAAUACUGAUAAUUUUUUCAUGUUAUUAUUGUGUUUUUAAGCGUGUGAUAUCAUUUUAUUUAUUUAUGUUGUAUUAAGGUUGAGCAUUAGCUUUUAUAGCGAUGAGAUGUGGAAUGGAGCGUUUCAGAAAUCCAUACUAUAUGUUAUAACAAACUAAACGCAAUAAUUAUAUAUAAUACUCAUCCACUAAAUUGCUGUAUUAAAGUAAACAUCAGGUAGAAUUUUACAAUCAAAACAAAGAACAAAUUAUUAUUUUUCAAAACAUUAUUCAUAUGCAGAUAGUAUUCAAUCAUAUUUAAUUUAGAUAGGCUCAAUAAAGUAAACGACCCUUUGAUAUUGACUUUUUUUGUAUGAGUAGUUACUUUGUAUGUUUGGUGUUGAUUUGAAACUGUAUUAAAUGUAAAUGGAAAGUUGA